CUCAGAGUGGGUUGCCCGGAUGUUGCUGUGUCCCAGCCCGGCCUCCGUACAGCCGUUACGUGGCACUCGCUGCUCGCUCCCCGGCUGGCUGGAGAGGUGACGCCUCUUUCGGAGCGAGGCCCAGACACUGCAGCCAGGUUCCCGGCUUCCGCUCGCUCUCUAACCGCCUCGCCAUGCUCACCGUCUCCGAGCUAGUGGCCUUAGUCGCCUUCUUCUCCGCCACGGCCUCGGGAUACUUCGUCAGCAUCGACGCGCACGCCGAGGAAUGCUUCUUCGAGCAGGUCACGUCCGGCACCAAGAUGGGCCUCAUCUUCGAGGUGGCUGAGGGGGGAUUCCUGGACAUCGACGUGGAGGUGAGCGGAGUGCGCGGCUCGCAGACACUAAGGGGGGCGAGUAAUAUGGGCAAUGGCUAGUGUGCAUGGCGAGCUGGAUGGGGCCAGCCUGUACCUGGCUGAUAGCAGCUUUACCAUUACCGGCUAUGGCUGCCACCAGCCUCGGAGGACCUCUCUAACACCAUGUCAUGGAUACCGGGUACAUACAGCAACCUGACAUCCUGGCAGUAACAUGUACUCCUGCCAUGUACACACAUUGUACAUGAGGAGCAGACUGGCAGUAACAUGUACUCCUGCCAUGUACACACAAUGUACAUGAGGAGCAGACUGGCAGUAACAUGUACUCCUGCCAUGUACACACAUUGUACAUGAGGAGCAGACUGGCAGUAACAUGUACUCAUGCCAUGUACACACACUGUAAACGAGGAGCAGACUGGCAGUAACAUGUACUCAUGCCAUGUACACACACUGUAAACGAGGAGCAGACUGGCAGUCUCCAGCUGUCACCCUGCUAGCCCUCCGUUACUCACUCAUUUGUACACUCUAUUUAAAUGGAGCCAAUACUUGGUUUCAUUUGGCAUUCUCAUUCAUUCACACGGCCUCAUUUUUUGUCAGUAGUGUAAUUAUUGUUUCCUCAGACUCAUGCAUGUAAGCGUGGAAAAUAUAAUCGUAUGAAUAUAAAUAAUGUAUGUUAGGGACAUUAAGGUUUUUAGAUUAUGGAAAAGGAAUGACAGAAUGGAAUGCCCAUAUACUUCAACAGUUGGCACACUGAAUGAAACGGGUUGAUUGCAGAACGUGUAGAAUUUUAAAAACUAAAAUAACAAUGUUGUGUGUUUAGAAUAUGAACAUCACCACUGAGCCAUUUUGCAUUUUAUGCUCCAUUUGAUAUAUAUAUACACACACACACACACACACACACACACACACACACACACUCCCCCCCACACCUUUCAAACGAUGAGUGUUCUCAUGAAAUCUAUCGAAAAUCCGCAGUCUGGUAAGGCAAUAUUCAGUUUUGCAAAAACAAAGCAGUAGAAAAUAACUGCAAUGGUUAUCCUUGAUGAACUAUGCACAUGUAUAAUUUGCAGUAGCCAUUUCAGUCAAGUGCCUGAAGCAAAGUAUUGGGUAUUGCAGUUUACGAGAUUCUGUAAUACGCUAUUCUUUUUUUUUUUUUUUUUUUGCAUAGAGGCUGUAUAAAGUAGCACAAAUAGUAGGUUAACUGAUUUCAGAGAUCCAAUACUAAUCAGUAAGCUUACUUUUUGCUUUCAGAACAUCUCAAUUCCCUGUUGCAGUGCUUGCCCUAAAAUUUCCUCUUGGAUCUUGUAGCAUUCCUCAUUUACAAAAGCCUGGAUGUAUUGGAGGGGAAUAAAGGGUUUGGAAAUCCUGUUAAUCAAAUCACUACUGAUUUGUUAUACGAGGAUCUGUGAUCUUCAUAUAUUGACUAUUUAUUUUGCCAUACGGUGCACAUGCUCCUGUGAUCAGUUUUUAUUUUUUUGUGACUGAAACUCUUGCACUAAAGAAAUCCACUUUUUGAUAGUGGAACUCCGUUAAUUGUCCUGUGUUCUUCUGAAAAUUAAGAUUAAAAAGUAUCGGAUUGUCCAGCGUUUCCUCCUCCCCCUCCCCCCUUCUAUUAAUUUUUUUUUUUAUAGCUGACAGUGCUAAUCGAGAAUCAAGCUAAAGUGACUCUUUGCUGCUCCAUAUAUAAUUCUAUUUUUUUUUUUGCUUUUAAAAUUAAACUUCAUGUGCUUCUUAUUUAUUAUAAUCUGUAUUUAUGAAACCUUUAAAAUCACAAUGAUCAACCAUAUUUUAACGUGUAAUCAAAAUUGAAGUCAAAUGUACAUGCAAGAGAAAAUAGUAGAUUCUUCAUGAAAAGGGAAAUACUUAAGAAUUAUUUUUAAAAAAAAAUAUCAUGUAUUGUCCGCUAUUUCAAUUGGGAAAAUAUACUGAGGUAAAUUGUAAAUAUUUUAUCCAAAUUAUGACCCUGGCUGAGCAAUUUCCUUUAUCUCAUGGCAGUCAUAAUAAGCAAACUAUGAUAAAUGUGUUGGUUAGGUUAAGGGUAUGAGUUAGACUUCAGAGCAGGCUUCCCCCAACUCUGGCCCGCCAGAUGUUGCUGAACUACAACUCCCAUGAUUCUCAGCCUAUCUGUUUAAUUCAUAGAAUCAUGGGAGUUCAGCAACAUCUGGAGGGCCGGUGUUUGGGGAACUCUGCUCUAGAGCAAGUGUUUCCCUAGUCGUGUUUUUUUUUUUUUUUUUUUUUGGCUGAUGCACAUUUCAUUGAGAAGAAAAGUUCAAAAGCACAAGUACUCCUUUGUAAACAUUUUUUUUUUUUUUUUUUUUAGAAAGUGUUUGUAUAUAAACACACCUAGUAGAGAGCACUCUGGAGUCUUGAUAAAGUAAAUUCAAACUGCUGCUUUAUUAAAGGACCACUCUAGGUACCCAGACCACUUCAGCUUAAUGAGGUGGUCUGGGUGCCAGGUCCAGCUAGGGUUAACCCAUUUUUUCAUAAACAUAGCAGUUUCAGAGAAACUGCUAUGUUUAUGAAUGGGUUAAGCCUUCCCCCUAAUCCUCUAGUGGCUCUCUCAUUGACAGCCACUAGAGGCGCUUGCGUGCUUCUCACUGUGAUUUUCACAGUGAGAGCACGCAAGCGUCCAUAGGAAAGCAUUAUGAAUGCUUUCCUAUGUGACUGGCUGAAUGCGCGCGCAGCUCUUGCCGCGCGUGCGCAUUCAGCCCAGGAGGAGGAGGAGGAGGAGGAGGAGGAGAGCUCCCCGCUCAGCGCUGGAAAAAGGUAAGUUUAACCUCUUUUCCCCUUUCCAGAGCCGGGCGGGAGGGAGGGGGUCCCUGAGGGUGGGGGCACCCUCAGGGCACUAUAGUGCCAGGAAAACGAGUGUGUUUUCCUGGCACUAUAGUGGUCCUUUAAGCAAACACAGUGAUAAACACAAUAGUCUAUUGUGUUUAUCACUGUUUGCUUAAUAAAGCAAUCUUUAUCAAGACUCCCGAGUGCUCUUUACUAGGUGUGUGUGUGUGUAUAUGUAUAUAUAUAUAUAUAUAUAUAUAUAUAUAUAUAUAUAUAUAUAUAUAUAUAUAUAUAUAUAUAUAUAUACAUUUUUUUUUUUUUUUCACCAGCAAGUUUUUUAAAAUUUUUAUAAUGCUUUAUUUUUUCCGUGCAAGAGAAUUACAAGCAUGUUUGAGGUGCCACAACCGCACACAGAGGUGUAUCAACGAAGAUUAUGUCCUGGCAUGUAAAAACUGCACCUUUUUUAUUUUUUAUAAAUAAUAAACAUGGUGAGACAGAAAAUGUCAUAAGAUAGAAAAACAUGGGUAGUAAAUAUAUCAUUCUAUGCGGUCUGACAGUGUAGUGAGUCAUUAUAAGGGGUCUAACUACAAGAAUAAGUAAUCAAUUGGGGAAAUUAAUUUUUUAAUACUGACACUUAUUAAAAAAACACAUUUUAAGGUUUACUUUCAAACUAUUACAGGCCUGAAGUCUGUGUUCCAGGUCUAAUUAUGAAGGGGUUUGCACUAGCUGAAAAAUAGUGGGUUUGUCAAUAUUUUAACAAUCAGCAGCUGUACAGGAAACCUUUUUAUAUCACAAGUUAAUUAGAUUUGUGAUUGCUUGUAAAUGUCCGCAAGAUAAAAGGUUAACUGAUAGUAAUAAGCAUAACAAUUUAAGUCGGUAGCUUUUCCAAUGUAUAUAAUAUUUUUGUGUGUAGCUUUCUAUAUUAAGUGAACUUUUUUCUUUAUGCAAAAAAAUUACUUUGUCAGGAGUUCUAAAUCUAGAGCAUUUCAGUGGGGUUUCUGUUUUGAAUAUUUUUAUUGUUUUCACAAUAUAAGUGCAUAAUGCGAACUGGUUCAUAGUAAAGCAAGAGGUUGCCCACGCAGGGGCUUAAACAGUAAUUUAUAGCAUUCGUUAAGGUGAAAGGUCGCCUGCGUAGGGGCUUAAAUGUUAGCACAUAGGAAUAAAUGCAGAUUAUCGCCUGCGCAGAGGCAUAUUGAUCAGAACACACAGGCGUAUUUGAACUUUUCAGGAAUACACUUCGAAUCAUUACAGCAUAAAUUGCAGGCACUGAGUUAAUACUGCGCACCAGGCUGUCUACGCUUAAAUGUUAAGCUUCUUGGUCAUGUCCUUUAUAACAGCGGUUUGUGGGUCGUAUGGACCUAUUUCGCUCCAGUGGUGGCUGAGCAUGAUCACACGUAGCUGUAUGAGGCAGAUACCGCUAGUGUGAUGUGAUGAUCAGACAGCGUGGGUCGGUUUAAUAAAUCUUAGGUGGGUGCAGUUUGACCGUGUCUAACUAGACCUGAACCUGUUGGUCAGCUGCAAUCUUUGCAUAUUACCACUUAUUUAAGUUAUGCCUAUCUGGUCAGAAAAUAAAGUGUGCAGCUGGAUUAAUCGUGUAUGUAGAUACGAUAUGCCGCUGUUCCUUGAUAAGCUAAUAUGGUUACGAAGGUAUACCGCCAUAUCUUGGGUGCUUCAGUUUAGUUCUCCACUGAUGGGUGCAAUUCAACUGCGUCGAGGUAGGCCUAAACCUGUGUACCAUAGCAAACUAACGUAUAUGUGCUGCAGCAUAAACAGCGCGUCCACGCCUAUUACAAUAUAUUAGGUAAUAAAUGAGUUAGGGUAUAACAGUAAGCAAAUUCUGUAUGAUGUUCAUGGCUCAUUGCAGAGAGAAACAGUAGUAUGUCUAACUCCCGCAAAACCCAUAUAAGAUUUAGAGCUUGAGUCACUUCUCUGGAGGGGGCGUAAUGGCGCUCGGUGUGGCGAUAUGGUCCUUUGUGGACUCGUCAUCUCCCAUGGUUGUAUUUCUGCAGGCUUCUCUCUGGUGUGUCCUCAUCAUGGUUGCUGCAGGGCAAGCAUGUACAUGGCGAGUUAACUGUGUCCACCUGGGUCUCCCCGGUUCCCCCAGCUGUGGCCGAGCCCCCCCUGCGCCCCACCAAGGCAUGCUUCGGUGUCUUUUAGGGAGUUCCACCUCGCCGUGGGCACUCAGAGAUCGGAGCCAUUCGGCGGUCUCCCCCCCGUAGAGUCCGCGUGGUCUCAGUCUCCUGCACCUCCCCAGCCUCAGUAGGGCCUCCCUGGAGCUCUAGCCCUGUCUUGCCUCUCCCAUCUCCGGCCACUUACAUGACGCCGGCACGCGCCCCCCGGCCACCGGUCCGCCGGCAGGCACGCGCAUCUCAGCUCCACCGGGCUCGCGGAAUUGGGGGCAUAUUUCCCCGGACCACCACCAAAUCCAGGAAUCAGGGCCGGCUCCUUGUCGACCAGUCCACAGCCCGGAAGGGCCCAGCCGCGGGCUCAGCCACCCCAGGGGCCGCGGCGCUCCAGCGCGGAUCUCUGCUGCGUGUAUGUGUUGUGCCAGUCAGCCAUUUUAGCUCUGUACAAGGAGGCAUCUCGCUCCGAGCACGCUUCCACCUCCAGCUUUGAAAGUUCUGACUUUUGGGCCGGGAUCACCCCCCCGGCCGGGUGGGGGGGAGCGGGGCCGAUCCAUGUCUCCUGUGCCGUCCGUGUGCGCUGUGAACCGCAUUCACGCAGCAUGUCUCAGAUCUCUGGGUUCGUCGUGUUUACUCGGCAUGUGUCUCCGCUCCUUUCUCCUCGGUUCCUCUCCCCCUGAUCUUGCCUCCGGUUGCGGUGCUCAUAUCGUGGGUAUGUUUUGGGGUUUUUUCCCCGGCAUUUUAUGCGGUUUAUAACCGGAGCCGGCAUGGACAGCAGCCGCUCGGCUCGGCGGCCCGGCCCCGCCCCUCAGUGGGGUUUCUGUACGUAUUCCUUUUUGUGUCACUUGUGCAAUAUUAGGCAAUGUAAAAUUAUAGGAAUACUAUAGGGUCAGGAACACAAAUGUGCAUUCCUGAUCCUAUAGUGUUACUCUAACUAUUUAGCCCCCUUGAUUCCCCUUGCCUUCCUUAAAUCUAGUAAAAACUCUCCUUAUUAACAGUGCUGUGCGGGUUUGCCUGAGCUGGUUCUGCCCCUGAUAUGCCUCCUUGGCUGACUUCACCAGAAUUGAUGAUCUUGGCAAACCACAAUGCUUUCACAAAGGAAAGCAUUGGAUUGGCUGAAACCGUCUAUUCUGAUCAUCUAAGCCAAGGAGGUGGGGCAGAGCCAAACUCCGCCCUGUCCAGUCAGCAUCUUCUCAUAAAAAAUGCAUUAAAUCAACGCAUCUCUAUUGAGAAAGUUCAGCAUGUCCUUGCAGAGUGUGUAGAUGCUGAUCAACAGUGCUCCACUAUGUGCAGCACUGCCUCGGUAGGCACCUGGAGUGGCCACUAGAGGUGUUCCUAAGCAGUAAUGUAAACAUUGCCUUUUCUUUGAAAAGGCAGUGUUUACAGGAACAUACCCGCAGGGUCUGUCUAUACUCACCAGAACAACAUAAUAUGCUGUAAUUGUUCUGGAGACUAUAGUGUCCCUUUAACAAUACAUCCCACUACCUUGCUUACUGUCACUGAAUGUGUCUAAACCUACAAAUGCUCAUGAACUACUUGCUAUAUGUGCAUUUCACUGUUGGGAUUCUUCAGAUUUGUUUUAUGGAGACCAUAUACAAGAAAAUUCAGUACGUACAUAAUUAUUUUUACGUUACUGCUGCCAUUGUUGGUUUGAAAUUUGUUUAAAAAAAAUAACCAGAUUAAAACAAAAACAUCUUUUACAGACAACUGUAAAGAUGGUUAUAAAUUGUUCAGAUCAUAGAUCCCCUUUAUAGUUGUGCCGUUGUUAAUUUUGUUCAAUUAACCAUCAGUCACAGCCAUGCUGUAGGUUCCUGGGUGAUGUAUUGAUAGCGUUGUUGGCGGAGCUGAAGUAAAUAAGACUCUAAGAUGUGAUGUUUAUUGUUAAUGUAUUAAAGGGCUUCACGGCUCAAUUGCAAGGUUUGCCAGGGUUAGCAUGAGUAAAUGUGAGCGACCUAGGUUGCAGUACGAGGUUAAAACUGUGUGAAGAUGGAAGACAUGGGGGACUGGUGUUGAAUGAUAACUUUUUUAUGGCAUGAGAAACACAAGGCGUGUGGGGUUACCCGUGAGACACAGUUUAUCCAAAAAUAGGACACUGAGUUUGUUGCUAGUUCUAGUGGAUAUGAGUCAUAUCUUUUAUAGUUAAUUUAAAGGAACGCUUAUACACCAUAAAAAAAUAAAUAAAUAAACAAUCCCGCUGUAGUGGUUUUGGUACCAAUACUGAUCUGGUGCUGUUCCAGUGUAUGUUGCCCAAAAAAUUGUAGAACAAUUUGAUAAGUUACAUGGGACUUGCCAGGUGCUGAGCUAGGCAGAGCCACAUUCAUGGGCUGAAAUCAUCAGCUGAGCAGUCUCAACCAAUGACCAUGGUCCUGUAUUGGCCAUGCAUAUAAUGGGCAGAUUAGAGGGGCCGAAUGGUUCUUAUCUGCCGUCACAUUCUAUGUUUCUAUAUAGAAUCAGAGAAUCCAGCAUGGCAGGAGAAGCCUGGAUGUGGAGCAGGGGCACGUAAGGUGUAAAACCGUUCUAAAAGGGUUUGACAGAUUACACAGGGAGAGCUCAAGGUCACUCCUGGCAGCAUAUCCAGUAGAGUUCUCUGUAGUGGUUGCAGUGUUUGGAGUGUUCGUUUAAGUGUAAUAUAUGUAAACAAGUUAUCAUUUUCAUUAGUGCUAAACAAAUUUUUCUUUCAGAUUACUGGUCCAGACAAUAAAGGCAUAUAUAAAGGAGACAGAGAGUCGAGUGGGAAGUACACAUUUGCUGCCCACAUGGAUGGAACCUACAAAUUCUGCUUUAGUAACAGAAUGUCAACAAUGACUCCUAAAAUAGUGAUGUUCACUAUUGAUAUUGGAGAAGCACCAAAAGGCCAAGAUAUGGAGACAGAAGGUAAGGGUGUUUUUAUUUUUGUUUUUUUUAUGUGUUUGUAGGGCGGUGAGUUAUACAGACGUAACUUGUAGCCAUACUUUUAAGGCUCUUUCUAUCACGGCCUACUCCAUUCACUAAUUUUUCUCUUCUUUACUGAAACAUUUUUUUGAACCCAACACAGAUACUUGCAUAUUAUUAAUAUUUAUAUAGUGCCAGCAAGUUCCGUAGCGCUGUACAAUGGGUGGACUAACAGACACGUAAUUGUAACUAGACAAAUAGAUGCACAGGAACAGAGAGAUUGAGGCCCCUGAUCAAUGAGCUUACAUGUUAGAGAGAGUUGGGUAAAGUGACACAAAAGUAGGGGUAAUGAAAUAGGUUGCUAGAAAAGUAUUCACUGAGAACUUAUUAAUAGUUUUAUAUAAAUAUUAUGGAACAAUAAUAUAUAUAAUUCUUUUUAUUUCUAUUUUCUUCUAUUUUUGUCUCACUUCAAAUUUUCUGUCCAUAGAUUUCUCAUUUAGUUCUGAACAUUAAAACCCAGUUUAAUACCUUCAAUGUAUUCUGGGGGUGGAAAUAUAUUUAAUGCAGUGAGCCAAAUGAAGACCUCCUUUUUCUUUCAGAUUAGAGUUUCAUAAUAACUGUUUAAGAAGGUUAGACACCAGCAUUAAUUUUUUUGGAGCACUGAUUCCUGUUGGGUCACUCCCAGUCUUGCGUCUAGUAAAGAAAGUAGCAUACUAAAUAGUCAAAAUUCUCAGCAUUGUAGCACAUUUAAGGUUAUGAACCUAUGAAAUGCCUGGUUCAUCUGGUUUUACUAGACACACAGUACAGUUUUUUUUUCAAGUUUUGAGCACCUAUACCGAUAUUACUCUUUUUAUCCCACUGCAUAGCUUGCGAUUACCCUAUGUUAUCUGAUUUCAUAUCUUGCACUUCUCUUAGGCGGCCGAAACACAUGGGAUGGUAUGUUUUUUUUUUUUUUUGUUUUGUUUUUUUUUCAGUUUGAAAGCUCAUUUGUUAUGCUUGAUUGAUUUGUGUUAAGAAGCACUUAUUUUCCUAACACCUUCCUGUUGACAUGGUAAUGAUGUGUAUUGUUAGAAAGAAGAGGAUUUAAUUUGCUUAUCUUAAUAACAAGUCCUAACAUUGCAGCUUCUGUAGUACCUUCAUGCUGCUGAGUCAGCAUGUAAGUUGUCUUCUUAGUCCUGGGUCUGAAAAGAAAAUUAAAUUUUGAGUUCUGUGUGCUAAUGUUUUGCAUUUUUAAAAUUGGUUAUGCAUUUUAGAAAAGCAUGUGUUUUGCAGAAGCAUUUUUAAUUGCUACAGUAUCUGGUAGGUUUUUUUUUAUUUAUUUUUUUUUAUAGAUGUGUCUGUGUGAUAUCACUCAGGGCUCUCUCUGACUCUCGAAGAUUGACCUCUCGCAUAUUGCUUGGAUAAUGCAGUUAACUUCAUCAAUAACCAUACAACUUUGGAUGGCAAUGAUGAACUGCAAAUCCCAAGAGUUCCCCUUAACAUAUUGAAUACGUGAAAUUACGAAGAUCUUUGUAGUUGAUCAAAUUGUAAGGGUCAACCAGGGUUAUUCACUUAAGUGAGAUUUGUUGGGAAUUUUAAAGUGGCUGUCACAUCAAUCUUGCCGUUCUCCUAUUGUUUCCUCUCUCAGAAUCUGUUAUUUUCUGAUCUAUGUCUCUAUAACGCAUAAGACAAAAUAAGGACUAUUUUGUCUUAUGUAUUUUUCCUUCACUUGACAAUUGUGACAAUGGGUGGAGCUUAAGGCUAGCUUUACUUCCUUUGUCACGUUAACAGUGUGAAGCUUGCUUUAAUCUCUGUCCUUUAAGAUUGCCAAAUGUAGGAAACUUCUACAAGACAAAGUAGUCCCUACUUUAUCAUGUGUUUCAAAGAGCGCUAGAUCAGAAAUGAAGAACAAAAUCUGAAAGAGGAAGAGAAGAGGAAAUGAGAAGAAAGGUAAGUUUGAGGUUAGAGUGCCACGUUAAAUGUAAGGCUAAAAUAGCUGAACUAGGAAAAACUUUAUCUUUGCUUUCAUUUUGACUAUUUUGGCCUUAAAUUUGAAAUUCAGAGACAGUUGUUAAUAUGUACAGUUUACCAUUGACACACGUUGUUUUAUAAACUUGCUGAAUCCCAUGCUAAACUCUCCAAUCACUAAUGGUUUGACUUCUUACCUGGGGUCCAACAUGUGCCGGAGAUCACUCUCAGCCAUUGAGCUAAGCCCUAUGCCACUGGUCUUGGUUCAAAACAAAGAGUUUGUCUGAAACUGGUGCCCGGUGGACAUUGGUUUAAAAAGCCAUUUAGCAAACUGUUUGACCAUGUACAUUAGUGGGGUGCCAGUGAAUUCCUGGCCCCAUAACAAGUACAGCAUGCUUUCAUUUAAUUUAGUAUUUUCUUAUAUAGCAUACAAACAAAAAAUAUUCAACUCUGUAUUUUCUUUUCCAUCAUCACGUACAUUUCCUAGUGUUUGACUUUGUCUAAAGAUUCAGCGUUAUUACCCCCAAUGUUGACAGGCAAAUGCAGCAGAGCUACACUUUGUGAAAGUAUGCAUGAUAUAUAAUUUCAUAUAAAUGUUGUACAUCCAUACCCUUUUAAUAAACAAUUAGCAAAUUUACCAGUUGCUGUUUUGGCCUACAUAUCCUAUGCUAAAAUAGUAGCUAUGCAUUGUUGGAAAUAUAUUUCACAACAGUUUCAGUGCAGAGAGCCAACAUCAUGAUUGAAUUAAAAGGACAGUAAAUUAAUGUUCUAGUACUAGCAACUAAACUGAUUUUUCGAAAUAAUAUAAUCCAGUGUUUUAAGUGUUAAGAAUGCAUUACUGGUGAAAAAAGGCUUUUCCUGAUCAUGGCACCGGCAACUGUGCCUCCCUCUCCCCUGCCAGCUCUGCAGGACCGGAGGGGAGAUCAGAGAUCCACACACAAAAUAUAUAAAAAAAAAAAUAUAUAUAAUAUAUAUAUAUAUUGUAACCGUCACACCCUGCCCCCCCAUACACACACACUGCUUCCCCCCAACACACACACACACACUGCUUCCCCCCAACACACACACACACACUGCUCCCCCCCAACACACACACACAGCUCCCCCCCAACACACACACACACACACACUGCUCCCCUCCAACACACACACAAACACUGCUCCCCUCCAACACACACACACACACUGCUCCUCCCCCAACACACACACACACACUGCUCCUCCCCCAACACACACACACAAGCUGUAACCGUCCCACACUGCCCCAGCCACAUUGUACACCUGAUGCAACUUGCCCUCACACACAAGCUACCACACACACACACACACUACAGCCCCUAUCUCAGCAGUUUCCAGGUAAGUGGAAACAGUUUUACUACUUACUCUGGAAGGGCACUACUGGCACCAUAACCACUAGUGCUGUAGUGGUUAUUGUGCCUGGAUUGUUUCUUUAACCCCUUUAAGGACAGUCAGUUGUACAAGUUGUAAACAAAACCUGGAAUUUGCUUUAUAUGUCAGUUAAACCAUAAUUCACUUCUUUCAUAUUAAGUACACCCACACUUAAUAUAUAUAAUUUUGUUCAGGGGAAACAGGGCUUUCAUUUCAAUUUUUUUUUUUUUUUAAUUCUUUAUUUAUACCAAGAUCAGACACCACAAUAAGAUAUGCAACAUGAUACAGAUGCGUACAUUAACUCUGACACAAGUCCACAUUAGUUAGAGGCGAAUAGUUGCGCAUAUUCAUAGAACCAUCUUUGAACAAUAUAGCUAACUGUUGCUUGUUGACUAUGAGGGUCCGUAUACUGUGGCGUCCCACCCAUUUUUGAAUUAAGUAAUACAAAGACUCCUGACUGACUGUAAAACACAAGGUAAUAUUUCACGUUAGCUAUCAUCAUUGACCCAUAGAAUGCGUUAAAAGGUUAGCUAAGUCAGCGGACUGCAGCCUACUGCGCAAGGUUGCCAGAGUUGCAUUGCCAUUUUAAUCGUGAGAUACAUGUAGGCGCACUUCAACUCGCCCCAACUAAUAAAGGCUUUAGCUAGCGGGAUGGUCGAUGAUUAGAAGUCAGUCAGAUUUAAAAAGUACGAAAUUUAAUAAAAUAGAAAAGAAGAUAGAUAAACCGGAAAGUACCAUGAGAAGAAAAGAAAGAGGGACGGGAAUGGGAGGGGGUUUACAGGGAGUUUCCAUAGAUGAUGAUAUAGGCCCAUUUCAAAUAUUUCUAUCUAAAACAUAAUUUAAUAUGAAUAAAAUAAAAAAAAAAUAAACUUUGAGAAAUUAAGAUAUUGUUAUUUUUCAAGUUCUGCAUGGCAUUUUAAUUGUUAAUAUCAUAAUACUGUUAGUUUUUACUGCAAUAAAUUACACAUUUGUAUUCAGUUAUGCCUCACAAGUACAAAAGUACCCACUAUGUACAGGUUUUAUUGUGUUUUGGAGAGUUACAGGGUCACAUAUAGGGCUUUCCCCGUUUUCAUUUUUACACGUUGAAAUUUGCCAGGUUGGUUUGCCGGGCCUAGGCUACCUUUGGGACUGUAUGGCAGUCCAGGAACGAAAAUUAACCCCAGCAUGGCAUACCAUUUGUAAAAGUAGACAACCCAUGGUAUUCAAAAUGGGGUAUGUCCAGUCUUUUGUAGUAGCCACUUGGUCACAAACCCUGGCUCAAGUUAGCGUUCAUAUUAGUUUUUUGCACUUUCAUUGAUUUAUAUCAUAGUCAUUAUACAUUUUACUGCUCUAAAACACUAUUUGUGUUCAGCGAUGUGUCUCCUGAGUUAAACAAUACCAUGCAUGUACAGGUUCUAUGGAGUUUUGGAAAGUUACAGGGUCAAAUAUAGGGUUAUCCCAUUUAAUUUGUUUACACAAUUAAAUUUGCCAGAUUGGUUAUGGUGCCUUUGAGACUGUAUGGCAGCCCAGGAAUGAGAUUUAAAUGCAGGCGGCAUAGUACCCCCUAACUGUGUUAACCUUUAAAUAAUCUACCAGUGCCCCUCCCAAGAUUAGGUUCUGGAUCUGCACUUGAACGGCAAGCUUUUCUGCUGAACUGAGGGCCCAGUAUAUGCCGCUACGCUGUACAUAUAUACAACCUAGAAAUUUUUUGGACUUGGGACGCCUUGGAAAAUAUUAAGGGCUCCUGGAACCUAAAAAGUUUGGGAACCACUGGGUUAGACUAUAGAGACUGUUUCUUUUUAAACCCUUUCUGAUCAAAGGUACAUGUAUAUGGCUGAAAGAUCCUGUCAAAUACUAAAGCCAAAGAGGAGGUUGGUUUCCUUUCAAAUCUUGUUUACGUUUAUUGUUAUGUUAAAAUAGUUUAAGUGAUCGUUUUCCUUUAAAAUAUUGAUAUCCAAGUUGAUCUAUUAGUUUUAAUGAAUUGUCAUAAGGGAAUCCCAGUUUUAAUAGGGGUACUUAUUACCACUGCUACAGGGUGACAUUGAGUAUGUUAUAUUUCUACAGUGUCAAUGAGUAUUUAAAACUUGCAUUUUAUGACAGGGUGGUAAUGGAUUUGAAUAUUCAGCUGUUCAUGACAAGAUGGAAAAGUGUUUUGGAAAUGUAGAUGGGUGUUACAGAAAUUAACUAUCUUAAAAAAAAAUCACUCAAACAAUAUACUGAUGGUACUUGGUUCCCUCGAAGUUAUUUAAAAUAUAUAUUGUGUGUGACUAUGAACAAUGGCUUGCAUUUGGUUGCAGUGCCCCCAAAGUAAAGCAAUGCUAGAUUCAGAUAAGCUUACUAUUCAAAAUGGUGCAUAAUAUGGACAGCCGUAAACUAACUAACUACUAUGCAAAUCAUUACUAAUAGCUGCAUGUCUGCUGACCCUGCACUAUUGGAAAUACCCAGUGCUACCUAGUAUCCAAAAAAAUAUAUACUUUUUUUUUCUUCCAAAUUAAUUAAUAUUUGAUAGGAAUUAAAAAGUAAGUGCCUACCGAUAUAGGAAUAAAGGCUACUUAAUAUUGGACAUGCUAUAAGGUACUAUUCAGAACAAUUUAAAUAUGUUGAAGAUGGAAAGAGUAACACAAAAAGAAUUCGUAUAUAGUGCAGUCAUAUAUAGCAGUAUUCAUUUUUCCAACUAGUGUUUGCAUUUACCAUUUUUAUUUAUUCACAGCACAUCAGAACAAGCUAGAAGAAAUGAUCAAUGAGUUAGCGGUGGCCAUGACCGCUGUUAAACAUGAACAGGAGUACAUGGAAGUACGGGAAAGAAUACAUAGAGCAAGUGAGUAGUCUUCCACUCAGCCAUUCCAGGAGCCGAACUGAUAAACUAGCAUGGUACUAAAUUCCCUGUUUUUUUGCCCUGUCGGUAUGAUUAUCUUGAGAUUCCAUAGCAGGCAUUAGUAGUAGUGAUCUCAUGUACAAGAAGGUCUGUUUAUGCAACACAUUCCUUUUAUUAUUAUAAUUGGUAUUUAUAUAGCGCCAACUAAUUCCGCAGCGCUUUACAAUAUUCGCAUACAAGGUAAGAAGUGAUACUCGUAUCACAUGGUUGCCUUCUUUCAUGAAGGUGGUGCAGGUGACUGCUGUCACCAUAACAACUGCACAGUGCUGUAGUGGUUAUGGUACUUUGGGUAUUACUUAAAUGUGCUAAUCACUCUACAGCUUUAGCUGGCAAAAAAGUAAAGUAGCUGCUCCUUUAUUUUGAUUUUUUUUAAAUUACUUAAUAAGUGGUGCUUUUUCUGUGAUAUGUGCAAAAAACUAAAUAAAAGGGAUGUGAGGCAAUCACCAUGCACUCAAUCUGACAACUAGGAACAUAUAAAUGUUAAAGGGUUAGGGUUACUCCAACCACCAUGAUCUCUUCAGUGAUUUGAAGUUGUUGUGGUGGUAGGAAUCUGGAUGUCCUAUAUUUCUACUUUGCCUGGUUUCAAUGUCAGGCAUGCAAAACUUAUUUGUACUGACUUUGAGGAGGGCACUCUAAUCGUAUUGCUUUACAGGGUAUUGUCUGGUUAAAAAAAAAUAUUAUUAUUCCAUAAGCCUGCCACAGCAUCAAUGUAGAAUGGGGUACAUUGACGUUGUGGCAGGCUUAUGCAAUAUAUGAUCAUAUAAUGUAACUAAACCCCCAUUACUUUUUGCUUAGGUGAGGUGUUUUUAAAUAAAACUAUUAAAAUCUGUGAAAUUUGAAAUCAUUGUUUAGUGAAUAAGCGAGUACGCUGGAUUGUGUAUUUAAUAAAUAUAUAUAUAUAUAUAUAUAUAUAUAUAUAUAUAUAUAUAUAUAUAUAUAUAUAUAUAUAUAUAUAUAUAUAUAUAUAUAUAUAUAAAAAAAUAUAUAUUUUUUGAGGGUUUCAGUAACCUUUUUAGAAAUCAUCAUACAAUGGACUCAAAGUGACUCUUCAGACUUACAUGCAAUGUUUGGGCAAUUUGUGGGUAGAUGUUAAAAUUUUGUUCUAAAUGUGUAAAUAAAGGCUAUAAUGCAUGUGCAUAUAGUGACUUUUACUCUUGGCAGUGAAAAUAUUAUCUUUGUAACCCCAUGUGCUGAAGCACCAGUAAUAAAAAAAAAUCUGUCUAUCUGACCUAUUAAUGGGAUAUAAAAACCCAAGAGAAGUAAUAGAAUAUAUAUUGAUGCUAUUGUAUAUUCUCUUCACAGUUAAUGACAACACGAACAGCAGAGUGGUUCUCUGGUCGUUUUUUGAAGCCCUUGUACUUGUUGCAAUGACACUGGGACAGAUCUAUUACCUGAGGAGAUUUUUUGAAGUCCGACGAGUGGUUUAGAAGUGUCAGUUUCUGUGGGGGAUAUUUUUUUUUUUUUUGUCAUCAUAACCGAUGAUCCCAGACUCGUAAUAUAAUUAUUUUUUCUGAAACCAUCAAGUUGGUCUCCAUAACUUUAAAGUUUAGUUAUGUUUACUUUUAAAAUGCUUGCUGUUGACCUGAUUUAAAGGUCUUGUUGCAUAUUUUGCUUUCCUAAAAUUCCACUUGGAUGCUGAAAUGAAAUAUGUGACAAGACUGCUGUACAUAUUAUUACGGUACCCGUCCGGAUUGAAAAUCUAAACCAUAUAUUUGUAUCACUUGUAAUUUAUCCCUUGCAAUAACAAACUCAUGUUCUAAGGAGGAUGCUAACACGCAGAGAAGAGGGUCAAUGACUAGACUGAAGAGAAUAAGCAAAGGUCCUGUGAUCUGUUAACAUCAAAAUAAAAUAUUCUUUUAUGUGCUAUAUCGAUGAAGAUCUAAAUUUUAUAUCCUUUUCUAGUAGUACAUCAUAAAACCAUAUUGGCCUCAUUAGGGUCAAAGUACUUAAUCCUCAAACGGUUGGAUAGAUGCAAACAAAUGUAACAUGCACAGGAAUAAAAUGUUAUUUAGCUCCCAUCUUGAAACAGGGGCAUUGCUUUCAAGAUGAAGAGUAUAACUGUAUUUGAAUAUUUCUUGUUUCUUACAUCAAAUCUAUAGUAUUUUCUGAUGUGCGAGUACUCCUAAAAGGUAUUAAUUAUUAGUAUAACAUGUCCAUUGCCCUUAGGCUAAUACCAGUAAUUGGCUUUUCAAUAAUAAAUACAGCAAUGAGCCUUUGUAACAGUAAAAUGUCAGUCACUCAACAUUCACAGACUAUUUCAAGAAUGUUUCAUGCCAAUACAAGUGAUUUGAGUUUACAAGUAGUAAAACCUUUUGAUUGAUCUUUGUUAAAUUGAAGUAACCAAUAACUCAAUUGUGAACCCAUUAAAUAUUGCAUGACAGGCAAACAAACCUAUUAUAUAUAGCAUGUAUUAUAUCCAUCUAUAGAAUGUAAUACAUGUAGAUUUUCUUGAAUUGACUACUAGACCUUUUUUUUUUUUUUUUUUAAACUUGUUCAUAUACAGACUAAAUAACAUUUAGGGUUGGUUGUUUUUGUGUUUUGUUUCCCACAUCUUCAUACCUUUUUUAAAAAAUAAAAAUAAUUUUUAUUAUAUAAGAGCAACCAAAAUUGACACACAUGAGUUUUCUAAAUGUAACGAACGCUUCACCAUUAUGCUUUGUGACGACAACUUCUAUACUUGAUAUUUUUGUUUUAGCUACAUGUGGAUUUUCAUAUAUUUUUGUAAGGAACCAACAUAUUAUGUUUUGUCAAUGAAUGAGUUUCAAUAAAAAAUGGCUUCCGGUGUUGGUUUGCGGAUCAGGAUUAUGUAGUGAAUGAUAUUAAUUAGUUGCUUGUGAUUUUUCUUUUUCCCUUCUCUCUAUAUGAAGGAAGUCUUUACAAGCAGCCCAAUUUGUUUUGUACAAUUUAAGUUACAUUUUCUUACAGGUUUUCAUGUUAAAAGGAACAUUUUCAACCUUGGGCAAACCUUUGGCAGCAGGUUUGAGAACACUGACCUAGUGAUAUUUGUAACUCUGUUGCCUGUCAAUUUGCUGUUUGAAUAUCACUUCUAAAUUAUCUUCAAAGAUGUAAAUUUAAAAAAAAGAUGCUUACAUAAAUAUUACCCAGGUUCAGUGAAAAAUAAACACAACAUUCUUUAAAAGAAUAGUCUCUUUGUGUUUGUACUUGUUAUACAUUUCAUUAUGGUGUAAUCUCCCAAAAUAAAGGGACACUCCGAGCAAUAAAACAUCC